AUGUCCUUGGAGAAAAUAGAAGAUCUCCAUCUGGAGGAAAAAUACCUACAACCAGAAACCAAAGAAGUGAAUGGGGUCCUCAUGACCAAGAUGAUAAGUGAUAACUGGGGCAAAAUAUGGAACUUCCAAGCCAAGCCUGAUGAUCUCCUCAUCGCAACCUAUGCAAAGGCAGGCACCACCUGGACACAGGAGAUUGUAGACAUGAUCCAGAAUGAUGGGGAUGUACAGAAGUGCCAGCGGGCCAACACCUUUGACCGGCACCCUUUCAUCGAGUGGACAUUGCCUCCACCCCUCAACUCUGGUCUAGAUCUGGCUAACAAGAUUGCCUUUCUACCUAGAAGGAGCUAUGAAGGAUCCAGUCUGCCUUUUCAUCUGCCACCUCUCUUCUGGAAAGAAAAAAAUGCAAAGAUUAUCUAUGUGGCUAGAAAUGCUAAGGACUGUCUAGUGUCCUACUACCAUUUCUCCAGGAUGAAUAAAAUGGUGCCUGACCCUGGUACAUGGGAAGAAUACAUUGAAACAUUCAAAGCUGGAAAAGUGCUCUGGGGCUCUUGGUAUGACCAUGUAAAGGGAUGGUGGGACAUGAAGGACCAGCACCGCAUCCUCUACCUCUUCUAUGAGGACAUGAAGGAGGACCCAAAGAGGGAAAUUGAGAAGAUACUGAAGUUCCUGGAGAAAGAUGUAUCAGAGGAAGUUCUGAAUAAAAUCAUCUAUCAUACCUCCUUUGAUGUAAUGAAGCAAAACCCAAUGGCCAAUUAUACCACUUUACCUGCCAGCCUCAUGGAUCACUCCAUCUCCCCUUUUAUGAGGAAAGGGAUUCCUGGGGACUGGAAGAACUAUUUUACUGUGGCUCAAAAUGAAGAGUUUGACAAGGACUACCAGAAGAAGAUGGCAGGAAGUACUGUGACCUUCCGCACAGAAAUCUGA